AUGCCCACCGUAUUUUUUCCCUCACGUCGGAAGUCGCCUAUCGUUAAUUUUGACGAACAUGAACUGGCUACACUCAUAUAUGGUACAUUCCCAUCAGCGGUUGCCGAAAUGGCCAGAGAUUUUAUUCUCGAGCUCAAGGUAUCAGGAGCGCAGUUCAUGCAGAUCGAAGACGAAAAGUUGCAUAUACUCGCAAACGACAACGUCGACGCGCUGCAGGCACUGCGAAAUCUGCGACAAUCACCUCCCGAAUGUAUACUGGCGCUGUUGUCCGCCGCACGGCCAUCACCUAGCAUUCCCCUCAACUUCAGACAAAUGGCCCCUUUCGCACGGCAAAAGGGGUUUGUAAUAGCGGAUGCCAAUGACGAGGAGGCCCAUCACGAUGAUUCACCCACUUCAGCUUUAGAUGAUCUCGGUGCAGACUGGGACGAUUACGAAACAUUCGGUCUCAAAUUCGAUCACCAGCCUCCAUCUAUUAAACCUACCUCAGAUAUAACGCCUCAAUCUGUCGACGAGCCGCCGGCAAGUGCUGACUGGAACAGCGCAUCAGAGGUUCUACCCCCAAGUGAUGCAAGUGAAUCGCCUAUCUCUCGACAUUCCACGUCCACCAUCACCUGCCAUUCAACGGCAUCCGUUAUUUCUGCCAACGAAACAAGCUCGACAGCCAGAAAUACUUCUGAAGCAGCAUCCCCUAUCAGGAACAAAAUCUUGACCGAUGGCCAGAUCAUCUACCAUCGCCUGGACGUUCUACAGCCAUCUCGGGGAGAUGAACAUGUGUCUGAUCUACUAAAUGCCGAUGUGGUCUCUUCGUCGCCUUCUUUGGUGAAGCCCACGUUUAAUUUUCGGGACAUUCACAACGUGGUUUCCACAACCAGAAUGAUGUCCUCUUUGGCCCCAGCCGACGGCGGAAAGGACAUCGAGGAACGCUCGGCGACCCAUAUGUUGGUGCUUUCAGACCAAAAUAAUCAGCAUUAUAAUAAACCUAUGGACCGGUGUUCCAAAGUGACGUCGCCCACAAAUCAUGGAAGUCAUGGCUCUUUUUCGGAGACAACGACGCUCUGCUUGGGAGAUCGUGGAGACUUUUCAAAUCUCCGGAGCCCUACAGCUGAUCAAGAUAGUCUCCAACAAACUUCGAUCUCACCUCAAAAGCGUAUCUCUUUCUUAAAUGACGGUGACUCGUCCUAUGGCCUCGACAUGGACAAAGAUUUAGAUCCAGGAGUAGCAGAGGAAAUACACCCGUCCUCUAUCGUCCAUCGUGACUCUAAUUCGCCCAAUAAUCUCUUGAUAGAAGAUACAAAUCUGUGGCCAGGAAGAUCAUAUUCACGUAACUUUGCUCCGCACACCGUCAGCAUUGCUGGAGAUCUGUCUGCUACGAAUGUAUUGGGAGCGGUAUCAGUAUCAUCAUGCACGCACCCUGUUUCUACACGUUCAGAACUUUUGGUGCAACCCCCAUUUGACGCGCCACCUUUGAUACUUCCCAUCACGAAUGAACCACCGAUUAUCCGAUACGCGGACGCUGACACGCCUAUAAAGAGGGCCCUACAAUGCGAUAUUACUACCAACCCAACAAAUGACGACCAACACACCCCUACUCAUCUCUCUCUAUCUACGUCGGGCGUGUGGAUGACAAGCAGCGACGAUGACGAUUAUGCAUAUUUGCAUACAUCUCUGCCGCUAUCUGACCCACCGCCGUCAUUCGUAUCUGCGUGCCCUCCUGUUGAAAGCUCGCAGACCUUAGAAAACCUCGCAAAUAUCAAUGAUCAAAUGGCGUCGUUGUUGGAUGAAGGCAAGUCCCACGCUUUCUUCGCAGGCGUAGUGAAUGGUUAUUUAACAACACUUGCAUUGCUGCCACUAGGACAACCUACAAAUUCCUAUUUGGCACACCCCAACUCAAGGGACGAGGCCCCGGCUGAAUGCUUUACAGAUUCUGACCAAUCUGUCAUAAGUGACAUGUCUGUGUCGUCUGCACAGAGUGUCAUUAUUCAUGAUGAAGGCAAGCUCAUUUUAACACCGGCCAGUCGGCCUGAAAGCCCCUCUCCUCAGACUAUAUGUUCUCUUGAUGAUCUGGGGAACCUGUUCACUGCGCGCCCUUCACGUGGGUCUUCACCGGCGUGCCAUCAAUCUUCCGUGUUCCUUCCGGAUGAUAAUUCUGGAUAUCUUGAGACUAAUAUAGAUUCCCAUAUAAAUGGAACUCCGCCUGGUUCUAUGGCUGAAAAUACGCAGACCUCAUAUCAAGAUACUUGUCCAGGUUUGGAGGCGUUGGAUGGUGGCGCAAAGCAAGCGCGUUAUUCUCAAACUCAACUCGACGUCGGCACCGUUCCUGAACUUCGGCUUGCAUUCAAUCUUGACGUUCGUCCAAAACAUAUCGAAACAAUGGAGGCGCAAGAUAGCAAUGCCGACCCAGCUACUGAUAGGGAUAUACAAGAUGACGUCCAAGCAUCGUCCAAAUUUGAAGACUGGAAAACGCAUCCCGAGAUAAACGAGUUAUUCCUUCCCCGCAUCCCUUUGUCCCCGUCAUUCUCGCAAGAAAUGUCUUCAUCUUUGGAGUCUCUGUCAGUUGACCGCCCGGCACAUUCGCUACACGAUACUGCCGAAGCGAUACUUAGGUUGCCGAAACCUCUCCAAUUUCCGCGUCGCGCCCUGCCUGCGACGCCCCGGACACUGUGGCCAAUAUCUGAUGAUUUAUACGGAAAGCCACGUAUUUCUGCUGUAUCUUAUGGCGGGAGAAGGCCGCCAAUUAAAAGACGCUUAAAGACGCUAUCUUCACCGUCGUUAGCCAACGCUCAGGACGGCAAAGCUAAAAACACACCUUGCUUGACGUAUUGUGAUGCUGCCACGCAGACUGAACUGGAAUGCCAGAGAAAACUAUUAAAGAUUCAAGCAGAUGACCAACGGCGCGAGCUCCCUAUCAGUACAUCUACGCCAUACCUUCCUAAUGCACCUUCACCUUCAUUUUUGGGAGGGAUCCAUAAAGUUUUGGCCGGCAUCCUUCCCAGCAAAGAAGCCCCUAAACCUGAACUUUGUUCAACCACCAAUCCAAGACUACGAGUGCAUAUUACUUCUAGGGGCUUUCUCCCUUCAUCUCAAGGACCAAUGAGUGCACUUUCCGAAGUCAGCGACGUUUGA